UUAGCGCUAGGUGUCCAGCGACCUCAGUCCUGGGUCUGGCAGCCAGGCCAGAGAAAGAGUGGACCUUGCUUGGACUGGUUUGCACGUCCAGCUCGGAGCUGUUGGUGGAGCGAAUCUCUCCUUUUAACCCUUGUUGGACCUCCCUGAGGUUCGGGCUCCGUAGCUCUGCAGCCGCUAGAGCCCUUGCGGCCCGGGGAGGAGCACGGAGCCCGGUGGGCGUGAAUGAAGCCACAGAGUGCUGGAGAGGAGUCAAGGUCUGGCCCCACCCACCCUUCCUGUCCAGGGGUCAGCGCCCACACGUCGCGCGACCCCACCACAGAUGGGACUCUAAGGCCAGAAUGGCAUCUCUGGGGGACGACACUGACUCGUCCUCUCCAGCCCCACCCUGUGCAGGGACGAAGGCGGGAGGUGGGAGUGGCGGCUGGCGGGACUCCGGGGGCGGAGUCCUCCUUAAAGCCCUGCCGCUGGCUGGGCGCGCUCUUCUUUGGCGCGCGAGCUUGGGCUAGGCUUUGAACUUGGUUCCUGGCUUCGUUCUUUGCUCUGCCUUGCUACAGGGACAAGGAUCCUCCACCCCGAGGUACGGAACCCUGUGAGCUCUUCGCUUUCCCUCGGAGCAUGAGACUGCCUGGCAGAGUAGGGGACGCGGCGGAGCUGCGCAAGAGCUUGAAGCCGCUGCUGGAGAAGCGCCGGCGCGCACGGAUCAAUCAGAGCCUGAGCCAGCUAAAGGGGCUGGUAUUGCCGUUGCUGGGUGCGGAGGUGUGUGUCUGGGAGCUCGGAAAACAGAGGUGGAGAGUCCUGGGGCACCCAGUGAGGCGGGUGGGCCAGCAUGGUCCUGGGGCUCCAUGGGGAUCCGAAGACCUCCUGGUGGGAUCUGAGAGGUGGAGUGGAUCGCGCGACUGGCGAGCACCUGGGUGCAAGAGCGAGGUGCCCAGCUGCCCGGUUUGUUAUGGGGUGUCUCUCUUGUCUGGUCUGGCGCAGACUUCUCGCUGUUCGAAGCUGGAGAAGGCGGACAUCCUGGAAAUGACCGUGCGCUUCCUGCAGGAGCAGCCUGCGUCCCCUUACUCCACUGCAGUGUCGGGGCCCUUGGAUAGCUACCUCGAGGGUUACCGAGCCUGUCUGGCGCGCCUGGCCCGCGUGCUGUCCGCCUGCAGCAUCCUGGAGCCGGCCGUGAGCGCGUGCCUGCUGGAGCACCUGCGGCAGAGGACUGUCGGUGGUGGCCCGCCCUCACAGACGCCAACACCCGCCCCUGCUCCAGCUCCCUCUCCACAGGUGCCUCCUCCCGGCAGCCCUGGCCUAUGGCGGCCCUGGUAGAGUCCUGGAUGUUCCAGGUCAGGGGCCUGGAUGGAGUAGCUGACCAAGGAAGUUCUCAGUGGUGACUGCAUCUCCCUCACUUUGAGAACAGUCUAGCACCAGCACCCUAGCAAGAAUCCGAUGCUUGUGACCUAUCUGCGUGAUGAAGACCUCAAGGGCUCAGCUGGAGGGAAAGAGUUUCUGGACAGGAGAGAAAGAACAAAUAAAUGUCUGCAGGGCGGGGAAGAAGCCCAGGCUUGGACUCAAUGGUUCUGGCGCUGGGCCAGGCAAAGCUGCCUCAUCAGAGACACACCUGCCCUAGUGUGGGCAGUAGACCAAGCUCUGGCCUUAGAGCUCGCCGGGCCACCUGCUCUGAUGGGUCGCUGCAUUCCCAGCCACACCUGGAUAUACUUCCAGCUCAGUUGGGCUUGUGAAUCUCCCCACAAACAGAACAAUGACCUGGGGGACUUUGACCACUUUGGUGGCUCUGCAGAGCACUGAGCAGGGAAAUGGAACACCUAGGGCUUGGCAGUCACCUCCUGCAUCCUAGGCUUCCCCCCUCCCAGUGAUCUCUACUGCAGGUGGUGAGGACUUGCUAAUUUAACGCCCCCCCCCAAGCAUUUAAGGAAGCUGGUGGCUUUGGAGGAGCGGAACCCAGCACAGACUGCAGAGCUCCAGCCUCGGAAUGGCAGGGACCCAGGAGGCAGCAGCAGGUGAAGGAACAUGAACCACCUUGCCUGCUUUGUUUGUUAAACCACUCCCUGAACCCGGGCAGCUGGGCUACUAGAAGCAACCUGUUCAGAAGUUAUUUCUCCCAAGUGGAAGCGGGGAGCCUAUGAAGACUCAGGGAAGAGGCUUCAGAUCCCAGGGGUGGGUGCUCCAGAGAAAGUAGAGAAUUUGAACCAUGGUCAUUCCAAGCCAUGGGGAUUUGCUGAGCCUGCUUCUCCCUCUGCCUGUGCUGGGGACAAGGACACUAAAGCCAAGAAGACGGACUGACCAGGGAAGGGGCAGUCACUGAUCUGCCUUGAGCAUCUCUGGUAAAUCUGGGCACUGAUUUGAGUGGCAGGAGAUGAGGAAGUCGAGAAGCAUUCUUAAAA